AUGCCAUGCCGUCAUUGCUACGAAAUAUCUCAGGUCUGCGCAGCCCUACCGCCUUCUGUCCAAAGCUGUCCUGUCCGCAAUCCAAAGCAGUCCACCAUGCCUAAGGGUCGUCGUCUAUCUUCAACAGAACAAUGCCAAAUUCUAUCGCUUCGUGAAGCAGGCCAUAGCAACAAGGCCAUCGCGGAACAACUCGGCCGAUCCAGACGCUGCAUCGACGGUUUCGUGAAGAAUCCUGCGGCAUAUGGUCAAGCACACGGAGGAGGACGUCAACUCAAAUUGACACGAGCCGACCACAGACUGAUCGCUAGAUUGGCUUCCAGUUCAACCAUGAGUGCCAAUCAGAUCCGUGCACGACUUUCACUACAUGUGUCGACUUCCACUGUAUUGCGAGCUAUUCGUCGUCAAAUAUUCUUGAGGAGGGAGAGGAUGAAGCUAGCUCCCCGUCUGACCAGGAGCCAUCGCGAAGCCCGACUCGACAUCACCUUGACACCACUCCGAGCAGUGCCAGGUGCACCUGGUGACUUUUGGGUAGGACUCUUGAUGACCAGCACCUGA